GCAAUUGACUCAGGAUACUUUGGCAUUGUGUAUCAUGCUACGUCAAAAACGGACAAUAAAAUUUACGCUAUUAAAAGAAUCAAGAUUUUAGCAAAUGAUGAAAAUAAAGAACACAUCGAACGGGAAAUUAGCAUAUUGGAAAGUUGUCACCAUGUUAAUAUAGUCCGCUAUUAUAAAUCGUGGCGCGAGCAAAGUAAAUCAAAAAACAAAAUUUACAUCAUGAUGGAUUACUGCAGCUACAAUCUAGCCAAGGUCAUAAUAGACAUGGGCAACACAUUUAAGCGCAAAUGGGGACUACCCAUAGGGCCAGUAGAGUAUUUUAUCUCGCUCAAUAUGAUCGAAGAAAUAUUGCAGGGUGUGGCAUAUUUGCACAGUUUGGACAUAAUGCACCGUGAUCUUAAAGAGACAAAUAUUCUGCUGCAAAACAACCAGGACACCUGGACAAUUAAAAUAUGCGAUUUCGGUCUGUCUAAGGCAAUUGAAUCAGGGUCGCAAUCGCAUACAAAGGGCACGGGUAACUUGGCUUACAUGGCCCCAGAGGUGGGCACCGGUAGUCACUAUACCACACUCGUAGAUGUGUACGGUCUGGGCGUGAUGUUUGUUGCCUUUCUCAAGCUUGAAAUUUCCAAGCCAGGUGUGCAUGAUCCUCUUAAAAACUUAUUGGCCCGUAUGAUGUCAGCAAUUGCUGACGAUAGACCAUCAUGCUCAGAUGUGCUUGACACUAUUAAACAACAACCUAUUAUCUAUGAUGUGGCUGCUGUGAGCGCGGAUCAUGGUGGUGAAUUUGGUAUUGUACAUCAUGUUACAUCUAAAAGUGGUGCCAAAAUUUGUGCUAUAAAGAUGUAUGAGCUCCAAGAUGAUCUGGAAAUGUCGCACAUUUUACCAACACUUCAAAUAAUAGCAAAACUUGACUCACCGUACAUGAUCAAAUAUUAUGAUUGGUGGCGGGAGAGUGGCCUGAGUAACAUAACUAAAAUUUACAUACAAAUGGAGUUAUGCGAGUGCGAUUUAAAACAAAUAAUUGAUAACAAACUAGCUAUAUUUGGUCGCAAAUUUAACCAACAAAUUAGCCUCGUGGAAUAUUUUAUCGUCCAUAAUUUAACCCAAGAAAUAAUCGAGGGCGUUGAGUAUUUACAUAAAAACAAAAUAUUACAUAGAAAUCUGAGACCGUCCAAUAUAUUGUUAAAGCAAGGUGGUAUUAAUUGGAUUAAAAUUGGUGACUUUGGCAUGGCUAAAAUGCAAUUAUACCCAGAUCAAUCCAAUACACAAAGUGCUGGUGAUAAGGAUUACAGGGCGCCGGAAGUACACGUGGGCAGUAAAUAUACUACACAGGCUGACGUGUACUCAAUUGGUUUGAUACUGGUUGAAUUAUUUCACGUGAACAUUAAUAAAUACGACACGUAUAGCGAAUUAAAGGGUAUAAUCGGGCAAAUGUUGAGCGGUGUGUCCGGACAGCGGCCCACGUGUUCAGAUAUUUUAAAUCAGAUUCGAGCGCUACCUAUAAUGUACAAUACGGAUCAGGUUCAGGCUGACACAACUGGCCUAGCUCAACUUGAUAAAAAUGACUACUUAAAAGCAUAUUACACGCAUAAAAUGGAG